CUUGAACAUUUCUGGGGAUUUUCAUAACGCGUGUAUUUUAUGAUAUUAGAGUAUAUGGAGUAUCAUUUUGUAUCAUUUUUGAUUGAUAUGGUAUAAUGAUGGAUGAAAUAGGCGAAUCAGUUGUAAUAUCUCCGACAGGAAAACGAUUACUUCGUUUUCGAAAGACUAUUCAUGCCAAAAUAGCUAAAACAAGUGCACUGUGCUUUACAUGGAUUUGUUUAGGUUUGUAUAGUGAAGUAUUGGGUCCAACUUUACCUACACUUAUGCAUAAUACACGCUCAGAUUAUGAACAUAUUGGUAUGGCAUUGUCAACUAGAGCUAUUGGUUUGCUAUUUGGAUCAUUAUUCGGUGGAAUAUUAUCUGAUCGUUUCAAGGGACUACGUGGAGUAUUCAUAAUGUUAUCUCUGACAGUUGGUGCUAUUUCAACAAUCAUUGUACCAUGGUGUAGAGAUAUAAUCGCUUUGACACUGGUUCUCUUUGUAGCUGGUAUAUCACACGGGUUUCUUACAACAAAUGGUAAUCCGUUAUUGGCUUCUGUUUGGGAGGCGAAAGCUGCUGGACCAUUCAGUUUAAUGCAUUCCGGUUAUGGUAUGGGUGCAGCUAUAGCUCCAUUACUUGUGAAACCGUUUACACUGCCAUCAGUGCCAAAGAAUGACAAUACUGGCAGUAGUAGUAGUAGCAGUACUAGUACACCUACUGCCAUGAAUACAACAAACAAUGAUACUGCCAAAGAUUUAGUUCUAGUCGAUGCUGUAGUACCGUAUUCAAUUAUUUCGGGGAUUAUAUUCUCUUGUGUUGCCUAUUUCCUUUGCAUUAUUUGUAUUGAUCAGCCAACAAUUAUUCUACCGACGAAAAGAGAUAAAGAAAAGAUUCCAUCAUCUCCAACGGAGAAAAAACCUGGCGAGAAAUCAUCACUAAAUAUAUCCAAGUUGUAUAAAAGAUUCCAUUCUUUUUGUCUGAGAACAUCUCGUAGUGUUACAAAGACAAAAAUUCUAGUUAUCUGUUGUACAUUUGUGACAUUUUUCACUGUUGUCGGAAAUGAACGUGUUUUUGGGAAAUUUAUGUUCACCUAUGCAUUAUACGGUCCGGUUAGACUGAGUACUUCCGAUGGUUAUCUGAUAAAUUUAAUCUAUUGGGUUUGUUUUUGUUCUGCACGGAUAAUCACCUUUUUUAUUGCUUUAUAUAUAUCAGAGAAUAUUGUCUUGAUCACAUUAGCCUUUGGUACUUUAUUAAGUUCUAUUGGGUUGAUUAUUUUACCGCAUACAAAAUUUUGGUUUUUCUUAUGUACAACACUGUUUAGUUUGUUUAAAAGUCCCCUGUUCCCGGCGACACUGGCCUGUAUUAAUAAUUCAAGUGAAAUCUCGGGAUUUUUAGUGAUUAUUGUUAAUUUUGGUAGUUCAUCUGGAGCUACACUGCUUCAGUAUACAGCGGGGAAUUUAAUUCAAACACAUGGACAAUUUGUAUUUCCCUACUUAGUGAUGGGUACUGCAUGUCUUCUUGUCAUUACUGCUUGUAUAUUAAUUAUUGGUUUAAAGCAUAUUGGGAGUAGAUUCAGGCGAGUGAGUAAUAUAUCAUGUGAAUCAGUGGGUGAUACUAUCAAUGAUAAUAAUAAUAGUAAUAAUAAUAAUAAUAGCAGCCCAAUACCAACGAAAACAAUAGCACCAACUCUACCAAGAACAUCAGCAGUUAUACCAAAAUCAUUCAAUGUUGAAGAGAAUCUAUUCACCGUUGAUUUAAACAAUAAUGAAAAUGAUAAAAUAUGAGAAUCAAAUAUAUAAAUUUUCUCUUUUCUUAUAGAAGAAAUCGUCUACUCACUCACUCCUCGUCUCACUCACUUACUCACCAAUUCAUUUUUACACGUCUUCAUCAACUCAUAAUCAAUAAUAAUGUCUACUCAAAUAUCACAUUUGUAAUCCUCCUACCCUAAGCUCCCAGCAUCCAACCAAAGUUUCCUAUUUUUGGAUGAGAUAAAUUCAGUUUUAUAACAAAGAAAAUAAGUUUAAAAAAAGAUGAUUCCUUUUUAUUGGAUUU